UCGAACAUGAACGGAUUGACCAUUGCACAGAAGAAAGUCCCGAACAUGGAUGGAUUCGUUAUUGGCAUUAUAGGAAUGGGAGAUAUGGGGAAGAUGUAUGCCCGGCGACUCAGUGCCGCUGGCUGGAGGUAAUUCACCUCCCUAGCUGCUGUCGCUGGGCUUCAGCCAUUGUGGUCAUCAAUUGCGAUUUCUAUGAGUAACGGCUGAUGAAUGGGCUCAGGGUCAAUGCCUGCGAUAAGGAAGAGAAAUACAAGGCGCUGUGUGAAGAGUUUGCGGACAAUAAACUACUCAAGAUUUUUCCAAACGGCCAUCUCGUCUCUCGAUCGUCCGACUACAUAAUCUACAAUGUUGAAGCUGCAUCGAUCGACAAGGUUGUCGCGGGGUACGGGCCAUCUACGAAGCAAGGUGCAAUUGUUGGCGGUCAGACUUCUUGCAAGGCCCCUGAGAUCGCUGCUUUUGAGAAGCAUCUUCCAGAAGAUGUCGACAUCGUCUGCUGCCACUCUCUCCACGGUCCAAAUAUCGAUCCUCGUGGACAGCCUCUGGUCUUAAUCAAGCACCGUGCCUCCCAAGAGAAUUUCGAUAAGGUCGAGCAUGUCAUAUCUUGUUUAGGCUCAACCCACGUCUACCUCUCAGCAGCCCAGCAUGAUCGUAUCACUGCAGAUACCCAAGCUGUUACCCACGCCGCUUUCCUCAGCAUGGGCAAAGCUUGGCAUGCAAAUUCCCAGUUUCCAUGGGAAAUUGCUCGCUAUGUUGGUGGCAUCGAGAACGUCAAGAUCAACCUGACUUUGCGAAUCUACUCCCAGAAAUGGCACGUCUACGCCGGCCUCGCUAUCUUGAAUCCCUUUGCUAGGGAACAGAUCAAGCAGUACGCACAGUCUGUCACGGAUCUUUAUAAGCUUAUGCUUGGAGGACACCGUGAUGAGUUCGAAUUCCGUAUUAAGAAAGCUGGUUUGGCCGUAUUCGGUACAAUGGAGUCAACUGAAGAGUUACUUCUCAAGGAUGAGGUGUUGGACCGUUUCUCUCUUGGCAAGAAGCCGGAAACACCACUGCCAAACAAUCACUUGAGUCUUCUUGCCAUGGUAGACUGCUGGUCUCAGCUGGGUAUCGUGCCAUAUGACCAUAUGAUUUGCUCUACUCCACUCUUCCGUCUCUGGCUUGGUGUCACAGAGUACCUGUUCCGUAAGCCUGCGCUAUUGGAUGAGGUGAUCCGUAUUGCCAUUGAGGACAACACUUUCAGGUCUGAUGAUCUAGAAUUUACCUUUGCUGCGAGGGGUUGGUCUGAUUGUGUCACAUUUGGAGAUUUCGAGUCGUACAAAGAUAGAUUUGUGAGCACGCAGAAGUUCUUCGAGCCUCGCUUUAAGGACGCCACGAAGGUAGGGAAUGAGAUGAUGAAGACAAUUUUAGACAACACGAGUAGGUAGUAGAAGGAAGGAUUAGACAUCUGGAAGCGCAAGCACAAGGAGACUUGGGUGGAGUUGUGGCUGUCUGGCUGCUAGGCAAGGGCGUUGUGGUUGUAUGAAACUCUUUCGAUGCUUUACUGUGGUGCUCUGGCAAAUAUUCAACAGUAAAUGCCAAGAUUUGACAGAAAUUG